AUGCCGAGCGACAAGCCAGCAGCGAGCGCUGCUCGCACGCCAGCAAAGGCCACUCGGCCAGCUGCUGCAGCCCCCUCUUCGACCAAACAGAAAUCGAUAAUGUCGUUCUUCCAGAAGUCUUCGCCCGUUUCAGCUUCUUCGGCAGCUCGGGAAAAGGUCUCGUCCGCUAACCAGCACUCCUCCCCUCUGAAAGAGACCAAAGCCAACUCUCUGCCAAAGACAAAGUCCUCCGCCAAAUUCUCCACCCCGGUGCCCUCCAGCGAUGCUCCAGAGCCCGCGAGUUCGCAGGAGAAUAUGGAAUCGACUGUCAAGCGAAGCAAGGGCAAGGCCUCUGCAUCUCUCAAAGACGAAGAGAGCGAGGUGGCACCUAGUAGCCCUAUCCGAAAGGGGAAGAAGGCUAUCAACUAUGCUGAGUCGUCGGAUGAAGAUGAACCCUUUGCCUAUGGAGCGGCUUCACAAUCUCGGCGGCGCGGUAGGGCCGCCCGCAACAUUGUCAAUGACGAGGACGAUUACGGUGAAAGUGAUACAGCCGAGCAAGAAGAAGAAGAUGACAUGGACGACUUUAUUGUGUCAGAUGAGUCUGAUGGAGAGACUUCGCGGUCCAGAAAGAGGAAGCGUCCUUCGAAGCCUCAAUCAGCGCGCAAACGCACAAAUCUUUCGUCUUCUCCUAAAAGAGAUGCAGAGCAGAAUAUGACGAGUCUCGAUGACGAUAUAGAUAUGGAAGAUAUUCCUGCUGCAUCUACAGCCAAGCAGUGGUCUUACGACCCCGAUUCUACUGAAAAGCAGCCAGUCGUUAAACCCACCGAGCGAGUCGCUACAAAGGACCCCAAGGUGAAGGAAAAGGCGUACAUGAAGGAGCCUGACGAGCGCUAUACCUGGCUCGCCAACAUUCGAGACAAGGAAAAGCGCUCGCCUACUGAUCCAGACUACGAUCCGCGAACUCUUUACAUCCCUCCAAUUGCGUGGAAUAAAUUUUCGCCUUUUGAGAAGCAAUACUGGGAGAUUAAGCAAGAUCUUUGGGACACAAUUGUCUUUUUCAAAAAGGGCAAAUUCUAUGAACUUUAUGAAAAGGAUGCAACUAUUGGCCACCAAGAAUUUGAUUUCAAAAUGACCGAUCGCGUCAACAUGCGUAUGGUCGGUGUCCCAGAAGGUUCUCUGGACCACUGGGUCAAUCAGUUCAUCGCCAAGCAGUACAAAGUGGCUCGUGUAGAGCAGAUGGAGACCAACCUGGGCAAGGAGAUGAGAGAGCGCCAAGACAAGACCAAAAAGGCUGACAAAGUGAUUUCUCGAAAGCUUGGCUGUAUCUUAACCGCAGGAACUUUGGUUGAUGGCAGCAUGCUCCAAGAUGACAUGGCCGCUUAUUGCGUCUCUAUUAAGGAAUCUGUGGUAGAUGACUUACCAGCCUUUGGUAUCGCCUUCACGGAUACUGCUACUGGCCGAUUCUUUCUCUCUGGGUUUGUCGACGACAUUGAUCGGACCAAAUUUGAAACGCUGGUUGCUCAGAUUGGCCCCCGAGAGCUUUUGCUGGAAAAGUCUGGCCUCUCAACAAAGUCUCUUCGCAUUCUCAAGAACAACACUAGCCCUACCACCAUAUGGACGAAUUUGAAACCAGGCACAGAGUUUUGGGAUGCAGACACCACGAGACGAGAGCUCGACUGUGCAAAAUACUUUGUUAGGGAAGAAGACGGCGAAGAUAUCUGGCCAGAAGCGCUCAAGGAACUCAAAGACGACGACCUUGUCAUGUCUGCCAUUGGUGGUCUCGUUUCCUAUCUUCGAUUCCUCAAGCUGGAGGGCCCACUGUUGUCGCAGGGAAACUUUGAGGUUUACAACCCUAUCCAAAAGAAUAGCACCCUUGUUCUGGAUGGCCAGACAUUGACCAACCUUGAGCUGUUCGCGAACACUGUUAAUGGCAACUCCGAUGGCACCUUGUUUGGCCUACUUAAUAAGUGCAUAACACCUUUCGGCAAGCGUCUGUUCCGCCAGUGGGUCGCUCAUCCGCUGUGCAACAUUGAUCGUAUUAACGAGCGUUUGGAUGCCGUUGAGUUGUUGAACGAUGAUCCCUCCGUCCGCGAGCAGUUUGCUUCCCAGCUAGUCAAAAUGCCCGACCUUGAGCGACUAAUUUCACGCAUCCACGCUGGCGCUUGCAAGCCCGAAGAUUUUGUCCGCGUCCUUGAAGGUUUUGAGCAAAUCGAGUAUACCAUGACUCUCGUCGGUGCCUUCAAAGGUGGAAACGGUCUAAUUGAUAGGCUGAUUACAUCGAUGCCAAACCUUGAGGAGCCCCUGGCAUACUGGAGCACGGCAUUCGAUCGUCAAAAGGCAAAGGAGGAGAAAUUGAUGAUCCCUGAGAGCGGCGUUGAUGAAGACUUUGACGCCAGUGUAGCCCGAAUUGAAGAGGUCAAGAAUCAGCUAAAUGAUUUGUUAGCUGAGAAGAAGGCUGAGCUUAAGUGCAAGACACUCAAAUUCACAGAUAUUGGCAAGGAAAUCUAUCAGAUCGAAGCGCCAAAGAGUGUCAAGAUCCCUUCCAGCUGGCGUCAAAUGUCUGCAACCAAGGAUGUCAAGCGGUGGUAUUUUACUGAGCUCACUGGCCUUGUCCGAGAGCUUCAGGAAGCUGAGGAAACUCACUCCCAGCUCAUUCGGGAGGUUGCGUCGCGCUUCUGCAAGAAGUUUGACGUUGACUACGAGACUUGGCUGAAAGCCAUCAAAAUCAUCGCCCAGCUUGACUGUCUAGUCAGUCUUGCCAAAGCAUCAAUGUCACUUGGAGAGCCAAGCUGCAGGCCGCAGUUUGUCGAUGAGGAACGUAGCGUCCUGGAGUUUGAGGAGUUGAGGCAUCCUUGCAUGAUUAAUACGGUGGACGAUUUCAUUCCAAAUGAUAUUAAGCUCGGUGGUGACCAGGCCAAGAUUAACCUUCUUACUGGUGCCAACGCAGCUGGUAAGUCCACGGUUCUCAGAAUGUCUUGCAUUGCCGUCAUCAUGGCCCAGGUUGGCUGCUUCGUUCCGGCCAAGUCGGCUCGUCUCACUCCUGUUGAUCGUAUCAUGUCACGUUUGGGGGCCAACGACAACAUCUUCGCCGCGCAAUCCACCUUCUUCGUGGAACUCUCUGAAACAAAGAAGAUCCUCUCCGAGGCUACGCCUCGCUCUCUGGUCAUUCUUGAUGAGUUAGGCCGAGGAACGAGCUCAUACGACGGUGUAGCUGUUGCACAAGCUGUGCUGCAUCAUGUGGCAACUCACAUUGGUUGUAUCGGCUUCUUCGCAACGCAUUACCAUUCUCUUGCUACCGAGUUUGAGAACCAUCCAGAGAUUCGUGCUCGCCGCAUGCAGAUUCAUGUUGACGAUGAAGAGCGCCGGAUUACAUUUUUGUACAAGCUUGAAGAUGGCGUUGCAGAGGGCAGUUUCGGUAUGCACUGCGCCGCCAUGUGUGGCAUCUCAGACCGCGUCAUUAAGAGAGCUGAAAUAGCUGCAAAGGAGUGGGAGCAUACCAGCCGCCUAAAGGACAGCUUGGACAAGGCCAAGACAGGAUGCUACAUUCCCUUGGGCAUUCUCAGCGAUGUCGGUUCUUUGCUUGGGAACAAGGGCGAUGUCGGCGCGAAGGGAGUUGAGGUUUUGCUGAAAGCCAUUGAAAGCCUAUGAUAUUUCACACGUUUCUAGCAUAAAAAGUCUCGGAGUGGCACAUUGAUCUCGCAACUUCGGACUGGUGUAUGCGGGCAUUGUUAUUAGGGAUUUGUGCGUCUUUAGGGAGGAUACAUAAACCAUGCAUAUGGCUAAAGGCGUAAAGGCAUGCACAUACGUAUAUUAGAAAUAAUUUGAAGUCUA